UACUGUGUGGAUAGAGCUGAAAUCAUAUCUGAAGUCAGAAAUAACAUCUACUAAUUCUAACUCUGCAAAGGAAUGUCUAUACAGGUAUCUUUUACUUUGAACUAUUGAUCAAGUUACUAAUACCUUGUGAUAGUGGAAGUGUCUUGCUUACAAUUUUGUAAGUAAGCUGCAGCGGGUUCCAUCAGACAAAACCAUCACUUCAUCAACUAGAUACUUUUCCCUACAACCAUCAAAAGAUUUCAUAAUGUCUACAAGACGAUCAGCUCGUUUAAGCGCACUUUCUCUCGUCAUUGAAAAUGCAUCUGAAACUGUACCGACUUCUUCUGUGGCAAAAGGUGCCAAGGCUAUACAUGAAGUUAGCCCAGUAGGAUCUAAGGUUAAAAUCAGCAGGACGAGAAAGACUGCACUGCCAGAAGCUACGGCUUCUUCAGCAUCUACCAAAUUGCCAAAGCCCAAGACGACAAAGGCAAUAUCUCCAAAAGAAUCCGAAUCUUCCUUGCCCGCAAUAAUUCCAAAUCUCAAGAAGAGGAAAGCCGCUUCAAAAGAAUCCUACGAUUCUCCAUCCACCGAAAAUGAAAACCCAUCAACCCCAAAGAAGAGAAGUGCUACUUAUAAUCCGCUUCCUCCAGUGACCCCAACGCCAGCAGUCAUUGCAUCCAUGUCCAGUCCUUAUAGAGUCAUUGACGAUAGUUUGCAUCCACCUCCCGCUGAUCGUCUCGCCGUUCUCAAUGGCACAAAUGCUCCAUUAGUAACACCCGAAACUCACCGACUCCUUGCCAAUAAAGCUAUGGAUGAAGUAUCUCCAUCAAAACCACCUGCUGUCAAAAUAUCAACAUCAGAUAUUUUAGACAAAGCUUUAGAACACUUGAUCAAAGUUGAACCCAAGUUAAAGCCAGUUAUCGAGAAGCAUCCAUGUCGGGUAUUUUCUGCUGAGGGAUUAGCUGAGGAGAUUGAACCAUUCAGGGCGUUAGUCAGUGGAAUCAUAUCGCAGCAGGUAGGAAAUUUGUUAAAAAUAACUGAAUUUUUUCUUUGGAUAUACAUAAAUUUGACAUCAAAAUCAGGUUUCCGGUGCGGCAGCCAAAUCAAUAAAAGCUAAAUUUGUUGCUCUUUUCAACCCACCUGAUUCAGAUCCAUCUACUCACACAUUUCCGAACCCUUCUGCCAUUUUAGCUAGUGAUUUAGCACUUCGUGAGUACGGAUUUCACUAAUCAUUUAUCUCUAAGGCCCAGAUUUCCCAUCUUCAUACCUUUCAAUUCCCCUUCCAUUUCUCCCUUCUCACUAAAACACCUAGUCCGCACCGCCGGUCUCUCUCAGCGAAAAGCAGAAUAUAUUUCCGGCCUCGCCCUCAAAUUCACAAACGGGGAACUAACCACUCAAUUCCUCCUCACCGCCUCCUAUGAAGAAGUUCUCGCCUCCUUAAUCCAAGUGCGAGGUCUCGGCAAAUGGAGCGUCGAAAUGUUCGCCUGUUUUGCCCUCAAACGUCUAGAUGUUUUCAGUACUGGGGACUUAGGGGUUCAAAGAGGAAUGGCGGCUCUACUUGGAAAGGAUGUGGAGAAAUUGAAGAGGGCUGGGAGGGGCGCGAAAGGGGGAGGAAAGUGGAAAUAUAUGGGAGAAAAGGAAAUGGAGGAAAUGGCAGAGAAGUUUAGUCCUUAUAGGUGGGUUUUUUCAAUGAUUUUCCUCGUUGAUUUUUGCUUUGAAACUCUAGAGUGUCUAAAGCCUCCCGCGUUGCUUCAUAUGAAUUCAGAUAUUCUUACUACUAUGCUUUGAGGCGUCUCACACUGUCACUCGCUUAUCUGAUAGUUCAGAUGCUAGGUUUCUACUCGAAUUUUUCCUUCUUCUUAUUACCCUCUUUACUCUAUCUACUAUAUUCAUUCUCGCCUUUAUUUCAUAUCCAUGCAUGAAUAUCCUCACUCUGAUGUAAACAAAAAUUCAUCAACACCAUCCUUUUGGUUUCCCUUUCCCUUCCCCUCAUGAUUUUGCUUGCGAAUAACAUCACUCGAAACCAAAACCAAGCCCAACCCUACAUUACAAAAAGCUAACACCACUACCAGAAGUAUCUUCAUGUGGUAUAUGUGGAGGGUAGAAGAUACAGAUAUCACCACGCUUGAGGAAUAUUCUUGAUAUUUGAAAGAUAUAUACCACUACAUAACAUAUGAACGAAUAAUACAAAGAGGAGAUGAAAUAGACAGAGGCAGAGGCAGAGAAAUGGGACAUGGGACAUGGAAUAUGAAGAGAAAACGAAUAAAUGGUGCUUAUAGUAGAUAAGUUACAGGUUAUGGGUUAUGAAAUAAGGAUACAGGACUCAAGAAACAGGAUCAGGAACAGUCAUAUACUUACCAGAUAUCCGACACAUAUAUCGCGAGGCUUUCACUAUAACCUAAUUAUUUUAAAUAAUUACAUGUAAUUAACAAUUUGUUUCCAUAACG